AUGGAUGGCUCGUCGGUGGCAAGUACUAAGGAUACUGCUGGCGAAAGCAGUGAUACUGCUUCCACCAGUUACCAGCCAUUCCCGGAAAUGAGUGCCGAACAAGAAUUCUUUCUUUACGAGCUGGAAACUACAGAUUCAGGAAGCAUCGGUUUAGUUUUGAGAGCCAUAUAUGAUUGCGGCGAUGUACGUAAGUUUAGUCGCGCACUCGAGCAUAGAAUUCACCAAUACGAUAGAAACAUCCAAAAGGUGUGCGCCUUCCAUUAUCAAGGGUUUGUGGACUCUAUGAAAGAGCUCAUGUUACUUAAAGAGCGUUGUACUGAAAUAAAGUACGAUGCUGUCACCAUUAGUUCACAAAUCCAAGCUGCGAGCGAAGAUAUUUCGAAGAAGAGCGAAGAAAUAGUCAAAUAUAGGAAACUGGUGAAGAAUGCGUCCACCGCUAUUGAUCAGAUAUCAGUGUGCCUACCAGUCUUGGAGAACUAUGCAAAGUUACAGGAGCUUAUGCAACUGAAAAAGUAUUACCAAGCUUUGAAAGUUCUGGAAGAAUUGGAACAUACUCAUCUUGCCCUUGUCGAGAAAUAUCGAUUCACACAAAUACUGGCCAAAACAAUGGCUCCUGUCCGAAAUGAAAUAAAAGCAAAGGCGUACUCGGAAUUCAAGGAUUUUCUGGAAAAUGUCAAAAAGGUCGCUUGCAGGAUUGGACGACACGCUAGCAGAUGCACUGCGGAACAACACUCGUUUGGAGUCAGUGAAACUGAGAGAGCUCGAAGGUUACAGCAAGAAGCAAAACAAAAGCUGGUUGAUGUUGAGAUUGCCGUGUCGGCUGAUGGAAGACUUGUGAGAAAAAAUACAUCAAAUGGUGCUGCAGUUGUGGAGCAUGCAGAUAGUUUGGAGGAUGACGAGAAAGUGUCAGCUCAAGAUCUAAUUGACUUCACUCCUGUCCACAGAUGCUGUCAAAUUUUCAACGUACUCGGUGCUAAGGAAGAGUUCGACAUGUUUUAUCGACAACAGAGGAAGGACCAAUGCGAUCUCGUGAUCGAACCACCUUCGAAGAUGAACUCUCUGAAACACUAUGUGGACUAUCUGGACGAAAUCAUUGGUUUCUUUGUUGUUGAAGAUCAUAUAAUUAUCACUGAACCAGCGCUGGUCCCGUCAUCACACAAAGAUCAACUUUGGGAAAGUGCGCUAAAGAAGAUCGUGUACACGAUGAAUACUCGUUUUGGAGGUUGUCCUGAUGUGGAGAUGAUGUUGCGGAUGAAGAAAGUCAUUCUUUUGUUUGCUCUGACUAUGAAGUCUUACGGUUAUGGGAUCGCGCCGUUAUAUUCUCUUCUACAGAAUUUCAGAGAUCAAUAUAACGAAAUCUUAAUGAGUGAGUAUUGUGCACAGUUCGAAAGGGAUCUUGAAAAGGAUAACUAUGCUCCAAUUGUCGUGGAGAACGAUCAACAAUUCAAGGCUAUUAUAAAAGAGUUUCCAUUCUACAAAAGGAGCAUGGAGCAGGAGCCAUUUCCUCGAAAGUUCCCAUACUCACAUUUUGUCGUUUCUGCUUAUUCGAAAGCGAAAUUGUAUUUACAAGGAUGCCUGAAAUUCAUGGAACAUCUUCAGUUGACACAAUCUGAAAUGGAUGAUACCGUGAGGAGGUAUGCGAAUGUUUUACUAUCUCGUUGGUCCGGUAGCCUGAAGUCCUUUGUGGAGAAAAAGUUAUCAUUAGUUCAGUUGGUGCAAAUCACAGUUAACAUCGGCUACCUCGAGAAAUCUUGCGAAUCACUUGGUGUCUAUAUCACGAAAUUGACGAGCGGAAACGAUCUCAAUGUAUCAAUGACCGCUCAUCAGUUAUCACUUACCGAACGGGUGUUUCGUGAUGCUAGGAGUGAGGUAGAGCAACAGAUAGAAGUCUGCAUACGGGAUAAAGUGGAUGCUUUCAUAGAAUUGGCGCAAUAUGAUUGGGAGCUACCAGCGUCUUCAGGACAUGCAUCUGAAUAUAUCAGCGAUCUAAUCAAUUAUCUCUCAACAACAUUCCUUUCCUUCACGAACCUUCCUUCAGUUUUGGCUCGACAUGUUUGUAUGCAAACGUGCAAACAUCUGUCAACAAGACUGUCUGAUGUACUACUAUCACCUGACGUUCGAGCAAUCUCUGUGGGUGCUCUGGAACAAUUCAGCUUGGACGUCAUGCAGUGUGAGAUGUUUACAGCACGAUGCCCUGUGCCAGGCUUCGAUCACAAUACUCUCCCGAUGACGUUCGCUCAUCUGAGGCAGUUGUUAGAGCUGGUGAUGAGUAAUGACUGGACAUCGUACUUGGCUGAAUAUGGGCAAGAGAAUGGUACUUAUGUGCGCGUGAGCCCCUCUACAGCUACCCAACUACUGGAAAAAAUGAUCGAGUAUGAAAAGAAAAGUUCUGGAUUCUUUGCCAUCAACAAAGGAGAUCGCAAGAAGUUACUAGAUACAAUUAUACGACAGUUGCGUGCUUUAUCAGCACAAUAG